GUAUUUUUGCAGGCAACAAAAAAGUAUGAUGACGGAGUGAGCGAUGGUACCAGUGGGAGUGACUUUGACGAUGAAGAGGAUCCCGAUAAAAUUGAAGUACCUGGUGGCGGUAAAGAUCUGGCGACGGCCGCUGGAAUUGGAAGUAUCAAAGAUGAGAAGCCUGUAGACUUGCUAGAGAAUUCUUUGGAAAAAACACAAGGAGCGUUAAACGAAUUAAAUAAAAAAUUUGGUAAUAAAAUUCCUGGAGGUUUAGUGACAAAAGCAGCAGCGCCAGGCUACGAGAUGGUGCGUGUAGGAGGCUCUCAAGGUACUCCACCAAAUUUCGCUGGCACAGGUCAAUUGAAUCAACUUAAUCAGUUAGCAACUGGUGGAUAUCCUGGUUUUCCACCAGGACUUGUAGGAUUUAAUCCUGCUGCUUUUCUUCAGUCAAACAUGACUGGCAUGGACAUGAAUGCUUCGAUGGGUAGUUUCAUGGGUAUGCCUGGAAUGAACAUGGGAGUUAAUCCUUUUGUUCAGUUACUUAAUCAAACUGGACAUGGACAACCCAAUUGGUCGGGGCUUUCAGGUAAGGCAGUGUCGCAGAUGUGGAUGAAUGCAGGAGACCCGACAAAAUUGAUGCAACCAAAUAUUCCAGAAGAGGAGGAAGUAGACGACGAAGAUAUGGGUGUCGCCGAGACUUACGCCGAUUACAUGCCAACAAAACUCAAACUUGGACGAAAGCAUCCGGAUCCGGUUGUGGAAACAGCUUCUUUGUCAAGCGUCGAACCAACAGAUGUUUGGUAUUACAAGGUCUCCAUACCGGAGGAAACGAUACGAUCCGGUGCGCUCUCUGCGCUUCAACUCGAGUCCAUCACGUACGCUUCUCAACAGCGUGAGCAUCUCUUACCCGACGGUACACGCGCUGGAUUUCUGAUCGGCGAUGGCGCGGGCGUUGGUAAAGGCAGGACUAUAGCCGGUAUUAUAUUCGAGAAUUACUUGAAAGGUCGAAAACGUGCCAUCUGGGUGUCGGUGUCGAACGAUCUUAAAUACGAUGCCGAGCGCGACUUAAAGGACAUAGGUGCAUCGAAAAUAGAUGUACAUCCUUUGAAUAAAUUUAAAUACGCAAAAGUCUCGUCAGCUGUGAACGGUAAUGUGAAGAAAGGUGUGAUCUUCAGCACGUAUUCUGCAUUAAUUGGGGAAUCGUCGCAGAGUGGCGGGAAAUAUAAGAGCCGAUUGAAACAGCUGUUUCAAUGGUGCGGCGACGAUUUCGACGGUCUGAUAAUUUUCGACGAGUGUCACCGGGCAAAGAAUCUGUGUCCUACCGGAAGUUCAAAACCCACUAAGACAGGAUUAACAGUUUUGGAACUGCAGAAUAAGCUUCCGAAGGCUAGAGUCGUAUAUGCCAGUGCAACCGGCGCCUCUGAACCUCGCAAUAUGGCCUACAUAGUACGAUUAGGUAUGUGGGGUGAGGGCACGCCUUUCCCGGAGUUCAAUGGCUUCAUCACUGCCGUGGAGAAGCGCGGAGUCGGCGCGAUGGAUAUGAAGCUGCGCGGCAUGUAUAUUGCUCGGCAAUUGAGUUUUCACGGUGUUGCCUUUAAGAUCGAGGAAGUACCUCUUUCCAAGGAUUUCACGAAAGUUUAUGAUCACUCUGUGCGAUUGUGGGUGGAAGCGAUGCAGAGGUUCCAGGAAGCGGCAGAGUCAAUAGGUGCGGAGAAUCGUAUGAAAAAAACAAUGUGGGGCCAGUUCUGGUCGGCGCAUCAACGCUUCUUCAAAUAUCUCUGUAUCGCCGCGAAAGUGAAACAUGCGGUGUCUGUGGCUCGCGAGGCGGUCAAAUUUGGUAAAUGUGUGGUGAUUGGUCUACAGUCUACCGGCGAGGCACGUACUUUGGAGCAGUUGGAACGUGACGACGGCGAACUUAGCGACUUUGUUUCUACUGCAAAGGGAGUUCUGCAAACGCUAGUGGAAAAACAUUUUCCGGCGCCAGAUCGUAAUCGCAUUCAGCGUCUCCUUGGUUUAGAACCACCAAAAUUCAAGUUAGACGAUGAUGACUUAGACGGUGCUGGCGGUUCUGCGGGAGGCAGCAAGAGGAAGCCGGUUCGGCAAGUAGAGCAGCGUGCGACAAAGAAAGUGCGCUCUUGGUCAUCAGAAGAAGAAAUAUCAGACGAGGACAGAAACGGCGCUCACAGUUUUGGCUCCGAGUACAAAUUAAGUGGUACCGAAAGUGAAGACGAUCAUCAUACGGACGAAGAGAGCAACGCCAGUUCUGAUUUCAAUCCGUUCUUUAGCGACAGCGAUUCUGACGUUG